UUAUUUUACACAUACGCGUGCAACAUGUAACAGCUGUUGCUUUGAUGGGUAUCAAAUCAACACGUGUUUCGUCGUACACAUAAAUUCUAAAUAGGUUUAAAAAACUUUUCAUUGUUAUUAAAUUUAUUUUAUAAGUCAUGGGUGUCCAUGAUAACGCAGAUUCAAAAUAUAGUGUAAUAAAUGGUGCAAAUUUUUCAAAAUUUAUACCAAAAAAACCAACAAUUGUAAAUUUUGGAGAAACGUCGAGUAAUAAAGUAUUAGAAAAUGAGACAAAUCAAAAGGACAAGAUUAUAAAUGAUAAAACUAAUAUAAAUAUACAACAACAACGAAAAUCUUUGCCUGUUUAUAAACUGCGUGAAAGAUUGUUGGAAGAAAUACGCAGAUAUAAUACUGUGAUUAUCAUCGGGGAAACAGGAAGUGGAAAGACAACGCAGAUACCUCAACUUAUAUUGCAUAGUGAUGUUGUUGGUACAUCUGGAUGUAUUGGAAUUACUCAGCCACGUAGAGUAGCGGCAGUUAGUGUAGCACAUCGAGUUGCUCAAGAGCAAGCUGUUGAAAUAGGCAAGCUUGUUGGCUACUGUGUACGCUUUGAAGAUGUAACUAGUUCACAAACCAGAAUUAAAUUUUUAACUGAUGGUAUGAUGGUCCGAGAAGCAAUGACUGAUGAAGAUCUAUCAGAUUACUCAGUUAUCAUUCUUGAUGAAGUACAUGAAAGAUCAGUUUCAACGGAUGUACUUCUUGGGGUCGCCAGACGAGCACAGAAUAUUCGAAAACAUAAAGACUUACCUCCUUUGAAACUUAUAAUUAUGUCUGCAACGAUGGACGUUGAUAAAUUUGAAAAAUAUUAUAAAGCUCCAGUAAUUUAUCUUGAAGGCCGUCAGUACCCCGUAAAAAUGUUUCAUGCAAUUAAAUCUCAAGAUGAGUAUGCAUUUUCGGCAUUGGUUACAGCUUUCCAGAUUCAUCGUGAAUCACCAGCAAAUGAAGACAUUCUAAUAUUUUUAACUGGUCAAGAAGAAAUAGAAGCAGCUGCAGUUGCAGCAAGACAAGUUGCAAAAGAAUUAAAUGGUAAAGGAUACCCCAACCUCAAAGUAUUUCCACUUUAUUCGGCACUUCCGACUUAUCAACAAUUAGAAGCAUUCAAGAGUUCAGUAACCGGAACGCGAAAAUUAGUUUUAUCGACAAACGUCGCUGAAACUUCAGUCACCAUAUCAGGUAUUCGAUAUAUUAUUGAUACGGGUAUGGUAAAAAUUAGGACACAUCACCCAACAACAGGAUUAGAUAUACUUAAAGUAGAAAAAGUUUCUAAAGCACAAGCAUGGCAGCGUACAGGACGAGCAGGGCGUGAAUGUGCUGGAAAGUGUUAUCGAACUUAUACAAAAGAAGAAUUUGCACAAAUGCGAGAAAUGCCUAUACCGGAAAUUCAGAGAUGUUCAUUAGUUGGGAUUGCUUUACAACUAUUGGCGAUUGGGAUUGAUAUUACAACGUUCGAUUUCAUGGAUAAACCGCCAAAAGAGGCAAUUGAUGUCGCUAUAUCUUGUUUAGAAAGACUUGGAGCUGUUAAAGGUUAUCCCCCACAUUUAACAACACUUGGAAGAACAAUGUCUCUUUUUCCAUUAGAUCCGCGUUUUACUAAAGUGCUUCUUGCAUCAGUAGAACAUCAAUGUCUUGAUGAAGCACUUACUGUAGUCGCUCUUCUUUCUGGUGAAUCUGUAUUUACAGAACCUCCAGCAAAGCGUGAUCAGGCUUUAGCUGCUCGUUUAAAGUUUGCUUCUCCUGAGGGUGAUCAUAUAACAAUGUUGAAUGUUUACAAAACUUACACCAAUGAAGUAAAGAAAAAAGUUUGGUGUCAAGAUAAUUACUUACAUCAUCGAAAUUUAGAAUAUGCUACUGAAAUAAGAGCACAAUUAUCUCGACUGACAGAAAGAGCAAAUUUAGAAAAGUCAAGUUGUGGAUCUAAUACUGAACUGUUGAGAAAAGCUCUCUUAGAUGGUCUUAAUGAAAAUGUAGCAGAAUUACAAAGAGAUAAUACUUAUGUCACUCUGGCUACGAGACAACCAGUUACUAUACAUCCUUCAUCAACUCUUUAUACAUCAAAACCCCCUCUAGUUUUGUUCACAGAAGUUGUAGCAACGGGAAAAUGUUAUAUUCGUAAUCUGUCUGUAAUAGAGUCGUCUUGGCUUAACGCUAAAGUCAGUGAUUAGCUUGCCAAGUCUGGUCGCACCUAAGUAUUAUAGACGAAUAUUAGGGCGCCACUGAAAUAUGGACUCGGCCUUCCAGAACCGGAUGUUAAUUGUAUUUUAUUUAGAAACUCAGGGUCGUAUGUAAAUUUUAUAUUUUGUCAGAGAGGAGAGGAAUAGU